AUGUGUCGUCUUCUUAAGCUCCAGUAUGCUUGCUCUAGCAAUGGCGAACCCCAUUACAUGGAGAACGCCCAGGGUGCAUUCAUUCCUUGCAAUGACAGACACGGCUGUUUAAUAGAAGAUGUAUUAUCUCUGAAGCCAGGGUCUGACACGAGCCCACCAGGUUCCCCUAUCGAAAGGGAGUACACCAUUGUGAAGAUUGGAGGUGACUGCGAGACAUGCGCUAAUCAAAAGACAAGGAAAAUUGAGGAGGAUGAUCAGGUCUUUAUUGAGAUGAAUUCUGUAGUUGGCAGAACGGAAAGGGAUUUCCACGGCAUGAUCAGGCGUUGUGGCGAGAUUGCUGUCGAUAACAGGAGGCGAAUGUUGAAUAAUGUUAGAAGCCAAUAUCUACCAAACGAUACUUGUUCUUCAGGGUCCUGCCAGAAUCAGGUUUAUGUUUCUCAUGCUGGCCAUAAGGGAAUGUUCUGUAGGAACCAUACUUGCUCCGCCCGGGAGUUUGAUUGCCUCACAGAUGUUUCUACUACAAGGAAUAGUCCCCAAUACUCCAUAUACUGCCCUCGACAUACUUGCAGUAAAAGUGGAUGUGGGCUCCAGAUCCUGGCUCACGAUACUCCCCUUUGCAAGAGGCAUCACGAUCAGCUUGAAUUGGCUAUUUCCGUUCUUCGUUGA